CAAAAAGUGCAUCUAGGUUUACUAACCUUUACCAAAGGCUCGUUGUUGUCCAUUGGAACACUGAUCACCUGGAAAUUGCGUUUCUCUCAGAGGAUAAAAAUCUGCGGAGAUCCGUGGAAAAAGAAGUCCAUUCACUAUUUCUUUUGCGCUGCUCGCGCCAUUUAUGUAAACCUACGCAUACGUGUUUUUCGCUGCCUCGUGCGAUGUAUCCAGGACCAACGAUGCAAAAUAAUUAUCUAUCAAGUUUUGUCGAUUGUUAGUUGAAGUGGGGAAAAAAAAUGUCUGCGGGGGAACGUCCAGCUUCGAUGCUCUUUCAGGACAGUCAGUAUAAUUGGACAGAUGAUUUGCCAGUCUGCAAACAGUCCGGAGUGGGCUUUUCCACUAACCAGAUCUAUCGAGAGGAUGGAUAUCGACAAGAGGAGCAUCUAUUUGAAGAUCGUAGUUUUCACUGUAAAUAUGACGACUCCACAUUUCUUUACGCAGUAUUUGAUGGUCACGAAGGCACUAAAGCAGCCAAUUUUGCUAUGCAAAGAGUGACUGCAGAAAUCCUGCUGGGACAAUUAAACGGGAAAUCAACUGAUGAGGAAGUAAAAGAAGUUCUUAGACAAGCCUUCAUAGCAGUUGAAAAAGGAUAUCUGGAAUCAAUUGGUGAUUUGUUAGCAGAACGAGCUAGUCUACAGUUUGACAUACCUGAUGGACUGAAUUCUUAUGAAACUUAUCAAAAAUUUCCAGACCUGGUUGACAAGCUAAAUGCGUUAAAUUGCGAGCUUUCAGCUGGGACCAGUGCGGUAGUGGCUUUGGUUUAUAGAGGAAAACUAUACGUCGCGAAUGUCGGCGACAGCAGAGCACUGUUGUGCAAAACAGACAGCAAUCAAGUUUUACGAGUCAUACAAUUAAGCGUGGAUCAUGACUUGAGGAACGAAGAUGAGCUUUUACGAUUAUCCCAACUUGGCUUGGACGUCGAAUCGAUCAGGCAAGGUUCUCAUCUUGGAAAUCAGGAGAACACACGCUGCCUUGGCAACUAUCUUGUCAAGGGAGGCUACAGAGAGUUUGAGGAGUUAACAGCUUCCAUAGCGGAACCGAUCAUCGCCGAACCGGAGAUUCACGGUAGUAUCGAGCUGGACGAUUCCUGCAGAUUUCUAAUGCUCAUGUCACGCGGCCUAUACAAGUCGUUGGAGGAAGCGACCGGUACCGAUCAAGUUAAUAAGGAGCUAGCUUUGAUAGCAGUCGAACAGUUUCGAGUGCAAUCAACUUUAACCGGCGUCGCCCAAGCAGUUGUUGAUAAAGUUGUGAGGAUCCAUCAUGAUGUGAAUAUGAGUAAUACGCAAAAUACCAUGAUCACCAGUAAGCGCGACGACAUAACUCUCCUUGUGCGAAACUUCAACUUCCCAUUAUCGCAUGCCUUGAAGAGUCCUACUAGUCAGUCUGUCAGAUUCAAUCCUGUAGUGCAAACCGCGUCGAUCAGCAUACCGGAUAACGAAGAUCUCUCGAGCACUAGCACCGGCAUUACUGACGACAACUUUGACGACGCGUCAACGACUGAAACAUCAACUACGUCGGACAUGUGUCCGUCUGGUGCCAGAAUAACGGAUCCAAACGCCAGAAUCAAGCCUUAUGUAGAUUUUUCAGAGUAUUACGAGAAUGUCGAGAAGAGAAGAAAAGAGGGAACUCUGCCGGAAGGUAUAGAUUUCUAGCACAUGUUUAGUUUAUUUAUUGUGAAUAUAUUUGAACUAU